UUAAUUUGGUUGCCAUAAAACUAGGAAAUGGAAGAUUUCCGAGGUGCAUAUCUUCGUAUUUGUAAAGAGAAUUACAUUGAACCCCAAGAAUCAGUUCUUGAAAGGAUACAAUCUCUUGCACAUCCUGACAUCAUCAGCCCUGGUGUACUUGAUUUAACAUCUUAUACAUUGACCAUUGGAACAUGUUGCGCUUUGGGAAAAGCACUCAGCCACGACAUUGGCUUCUCUGAAAUGCUGCUAACCGAUUGUAUGCUUAAUGAAGAAGGCGUAAAAGUGCUGCUAUCUGGUUUGUGCACAAAUACAUCAUUAGAAAGAUUGGAUUUGCGUGGCAAUAAUCUUAGUCAAGGUAGUGCUAAUGCUCUUGGUCAUUUUUUAAAAGAAAAUCAUACAUUGAAAUGUCUUUGUCUUGAGUGGAAUAACUUAGGUGUAUGGGAAGCUUCGUUCAGAACAUUUUGUGAAGGAUUGGCAACCAAUACUGGCCUAGAGAGUUUGGAUCUUCGAAACAACCAACUAAACUAUGUUGGAGCACAAGAACUGGCUCUGGCAUUGCAAUCUAACAAAACACUACGCAGUCUCGAUGUAAGAUGGAAUAACAUAGGUUUGGUUGGUGGAAAAGCUUUAAACAACGCAGUUCAACACAGCCAAACUUUGGUGAAAUGUGAAGUAACAGGGAAUAAUUUACCACAAGAAUUGUCCAAUUCUAUUGAGCAAAGCGUAUUGUUUAAUGAAGACAGACAACUCCACGACAGCAUGAAUAGAAGCAGAACGAAAAUUCUGGCUCAGGAAAUCAAUGAACUAAAACAUUCUAAAAGAAAACAAAUGGUAGAGUAUGAAACUGAAAUGGAACAAUCCAGAGCUGAGCUCAGCACUACUAAAAAAUCAUCACUCAGAAAAAUAGGCCAGUUGCAAAAUGCACUGCAGGAAAAUAAAUCAGGUCUCAAUGCUCUUCGGGCUAAACUCGAUAUGACCGAAGCUUCACUUGCUCUCGCUCAUCAAAAAGCUCAGGAUCAAGAAAAACUAAUCGAACUUUCUCGUAAAGAAACAUCCGAUGUUGUGAAAAAUUAUGAAGCACAGUUGCGGAAAGAACGAGAAGACAGAGCAGCUACGGAUGAUAGAUUACGGAUGGAACUCACUGAUAAACAAGAAAAGUUAUUCAGUUUGGAAGGUGAAUUUGCGGAUGCAGAAAGUAAAAUCAAAAAUCAACAACACAGUAUCAAUUCAUUAAAAGAAAAUGUAACACAGUUAAAAUCCGACAACAGGCAUACUAUAAAUACUGCUGAUCAGAGACUGGAUGAGGAAAGGAGACGACAGCAACAGGCGUUGCAGGAUCAGGCAAAUUUACAUCAAAAAAUGAUGGAAGUUGCUAAAACAGAGUGGGAAGAUACUGAACGAGCUUUACGUAAAAGAAUCAGCGAGUUGCAACAUACUAAUGUUGACUUAGAAGAGCAGCUGAGUACACAAAAUGCAAACUUAAUUGCGGAACGUAGCAACUCUGAUGAGGCAUUACGAAGAUUGCGAUCACAACUUCAGGAAGAACAUCAAAUAAGUAUUAACCAACUCAAUGAAAGGUUGAGAUUGUCUUCAACUGAAAAAGGUGAUUUGCAAAAACAAGUUGCAAGUCUUUCAUCCGAAGUUACUGAUGCACAAGCUAUGAGAAGUGCAACUACAGUUGAAACUGAAGGGCUAAGACGUACAAUACAAAGCUUACAACAACAACUUGCAUCAAAAGAUGCAGACAUGGUGGCUGAAGUUGGACGAGUACGUACAGAUAUGCAAAGGAGAGUCAAUCAACUUGAAGAAGAGUGUAUGCAGCAUUCGACGCUUCGUGAAAAAAUUGUUGAAUUAGAAACUAAACUUGGAGAUCAAGCUGGCCACAAUCGAGAGAUUAUUGAAGAAAAGAACAAAGAAAUUGAAAAAUUAUCAGAGAAUUUGCGAAGGAUAGAGCAAGAAAUCGACCGUAUGAGAGAGGACGAAGCACAAAGAGCAGCAGUUCUCCAAUCAGCUAUAAUGAAUUAUGUUCAGGGUUCAAAGUUCAGAACUCAUUCUCCUCAAAAAUAGUAUCUCACAAGAGCACUGGUUAUGUUGUUUGUAUGAGACUAUUUGGAAUACAUACCUCUUAUUUAUACUUUACAGAUCUUAUUGGGCGAUUGUCUCCAACCUUAAAAGACACCAGUUUCCCAAACCGCAUAGGUUUUGCACAAUGGUUCGGUUCCAAUGCCUAUACGAGCCUUUGCUACCUUACCGGCUUGACUCUCUUUGAUGCUGCUGCACAACCACAUGAUCCCCAAUUUAUUCAUGGUUUCGUGACUUAGGUAAUUAAAUGGUUGUAAAUAUCAAUGAAAUUUUUUAUAUAUCAAAAUUAUGUAUAGAUAGAUUAUAUUUUUUUAUACUCUUGAAUUUUUCUUUGUGUGUAUCAUCGCUGGUCUUUUUAUGAUAAUAAUACAGCAAAAUAGAUGGGA